AUGGCAGAAUCAAAGGUGUGGUUAGUUACUGGAUCGUCCUCGGGAUUCGGUCGCUCCAUGACAGAGCUCCUGUUGAAGAACGGAAAUAGAGUGGUCGCAACUCUUCGCCGCAAAGAAGUCCUGUCCGAUCUCGCCGAACAGUAUCCUUCCUCCCAGUUGCUGAUCGUCCAGACGGAUGUUGUAAAGAGCUCGGAGGUGUCUGCUGCAUUCGCAAAAGCCAAAGAGGUGUUCGGACGUGUUGAUGUUGUUUUCAACAAUGCCGGUACGGCUAUCAUCGGGGAGAUGGAGUCCACGAGCGAACAAGACGCUCGCCAGAUCUUCGAAGUGAACUUUUGGGGCGCAUCAAAUGUCACAAGGGAGGCGCUUCGAAUGUUCAGGGAAGUGAACAAACCGAUCGGGGGAAGACUAUUGCAGAAUUCUUCGGCACUGGGCUUGUUUGGAGGAGCUGCCGCAUCCUACUAUGCCGCAUCCACACUGGAAGGGUUGAGCGAAAGUAUCGCACAAGAACUAGACCCAGCAUGGAACAUACAGGUUACCAUGAUCGAGCCAGGUCCAUUCCGAACAGCGAUAUCCAAGGAAAACAUGCAGAUUCUUCCUCAACAUCCAGCAUAUGCAGAUCCAGAGCUACCUGGUUCUAAAUUCCGCCAUCAUAUGACUUCAACUCUGGCAGACGGAGAUACUGAAAAGGCAGUGGUAGUCAUCGAGAAGCUUACUCACCUGGAUGAACCACCGCUGAGACUUCCGUUGCACAAACUUGCAAUCGGAGCGGUGAGAGAGAAGGCAAAAAGUCUCAUCGAAACCAUGGACAGAUACGAAUCAUGGUCGGAAGAUGUCUACUUUACGUAG